AUGGCAGAACAUGACCCUUCCAGCUCCGAGGUGGGAGAGAGUACCAACAGCGGUUCCUCUGUCCGUCCUCCUGAUCAAGGGACUGACACCGCCCCGAUCGAUAUUCCUCGACCUUUCAAUCGGAAGUCAUUUGGCACAAUUCCACCCCCCGAUUCUCUGCAACGUCAUUUCUCUCGUUUAACUUACACCCUGGACAGCAUGAGCGUUAUCCUGUGUACAGCGGGGUAUGACCAUACUAUUCGCUUCUGGGAGGCACUGUCGGGCAUCUGCUCGCGGACUAUUCAGCAUCCAGACUCGCAGGUCAAUCGUCUCUGUAUCACCCCCGACAAGCGCUUCCUUGCCGCCGCGGGCCACAACAAUGUCAAGCUCUUCGACAUCAAGUCUACCAACCCGAACCCUGUGAUGACCUUUGAGGGUCACACCAACAACAUCACCGGAGUCGCGUUUCACUGCGAGGGCAAGUGGAUGGUCACUAGCUCUGAGGAUGGAACUGUCAAGGUCUGGGACACUCGCACCGGCAGUCUUCAGCGCAACUACCUCCACCGAGCUCCCGUCAAUGACGUCGUCAUCCACCCCAACCAGGGCGAGCUCAUCAGUGGUGAUCUGGCUGGCAUGGUUCGCGUCUGGGACUUGGGUGAGAAUGUUUGCACCCACCAGUUGAUUCCCGAGGAGGAUACCUCCGUCCUGAGCGUCAGCGUUGCGAGCGAUGGAUCUCUGCUGUGCGCUGGAAACAAGAAGGGGAAUGUCUACAUCUGGCGCAUGGUUCAGACCGACGAAGCCACUCGCAUCAUCCCGAUCUCCACCUUCCAGGCUCACAAAGACUACCUGACUCGGGUCCUCCUGUCCCCCGAUGUCAAGCACCUGGCCACCUGCUCCGCCGACCACACCGCCAAGGUGUGGAACCUUGACCCUGAGUACGCGCCUGCAAAGGCCGCCAUCAAAGCGUGGAACGAGAAGCAGGAGACGCAGGCUCAGAAUGGACCUGCGGAGAACCAGAACGAGGCACCAGCCACCCCCGCCGAGGCGAAGACUCAGGGUCACGACCUCCUGCGCAUUUUCGAUCAGGAUCGUCACUUGCUGCGCAUCACCGACAACUCUCCCCGCGAAGAGACCCCCCAGCAGACGUUCACCGCGCAGCCCGACGGUCCGCCCAUGGACCCCGCCAGCAACACCUUGUUUCUGGAGACCACCCUGGCCAAUCACCAACGGUGGGUCUGGGACUGCGCGUUCUCGGCCGACUCAGCGUACCUGGUGACGGUGUCGAGCGACCACUACGCCCGUCUGUGGGAGCUCAGCUCUGGCAACAUCAUCCGCCAGUAUAGCGGUCACCACCGUGGUGCGGUCUGCGUCGCGCUGAACGACUACUCGGAGCCCCGCUGA